AUGGGGCCUGCGGGGCGCCAGUUCCGAGCCCUGAUCUGGAAGAACUGGCUUUGCAGACUCCGGCACCCGGUCCUUUCUCUUGCUGAAUUCUUUUGGCCGUGCAUCCUGUUCAUGAUUCUGACAGUGCUUCGUUUUCAGGAGCCUCCCAGACACAGAGACAACUGUUUCUUGCAACCCCGGGACCUGCCCAGCCGAGGCGUUUUCCCCUUUGUCCAAGGCCUGCUGUGCAACACGGGGUCGACCUGCAGAAACGGGAGCUAUGUGGGAGCCGCGGAGCACCAUUCUCGUUCGUCCAGGUUCGGGGCUGCAGCUGGCCAUCCCAAGGUCAACGACCUGGCCUUCCUGGAGGAGAUGCAGGGCCUUGCCGAAGAAAUCUACAACGUGGUGGGCAAGGCAAAAGUCUUACAGCAACUCUGGGCAGGAGGAUCCAAGCGUCCAGAUUCUUGUCAUGGCUCUGGUUUGUUAGCGAUGGACCUCAAUAAGACCGAGGACGUGAUCUCGAAGUUGGAAAAGCUCCACCAGCAGCCCUACAUCUGGGAUUUUCUGCUUUUGCUGCCGAGUCUGUACGCACGCGACACUGGCGUCGAAGACCGCAUCCGUGGGGGCGGACGCCUGCUCCAGGCAGCUCUGAAUUCCUUAGUGACUUUGGAAGAUUUAGACUGGUUGCCCCUCAACCACACUUUUUCCACGGUUUCUGAAAUGGUGCUUAAUGUGACCAUUUCGACGCUGACAUUCCUGCAGGAGCGUGGAGGGCCCACCCCGGAGUUAGGAUACACCCUGUCUCUGAAGAAGCUGGUGUGGGAUCCACGGAAGGUCCAGGCUGACCUGAAGUCCCGAUUUGGUUUUGACGACCUUCAUGCAGAACAAAUCCUGAAUUACUCAGCUGAACUACACGAGAUCCCCACAGAUGGGACCUUGGAGCGGAUGGUGUGUUCUGUCUUGUCCCGAACCUCUGAGGACGAAGCUGGCAAAGAGGCCCACCCUGGAGACUGUCACCCCUGCUGGUCAGCAGCCACCGACUACCUGGUGCACGCGGUCAGCUGGCCGCAAGUCUACAAGCAGGUGUUCGAUCAGUGGCAAAAGGGCAGCCUGCUUCAGAACGUGCUCGAAGGGGCUGCCCACAGUCUGGAGGCUCUCAGCGAUCGGUUUGUGGAAGACAGUGAGCCACGGAAGGUGCUAGAAGCCCUGCACACUCUCCUUCUCAUCCUGAGUGACAGUUUGGGAGCGGAUGGACCCAGCAGCAACCAUACAUCUCCUAAGAUAUUACUGUGUCUGCAGAAGCUGGAGAACAUUCUUGGAAACCUGCCCCCGUGGCCGGCUCUGAAGAGACUGCUGCUGCUGCACGGGGCUGUCAGCAACGCGAUAGCCCAGCAUUUACGUUUUGUCGGAGAAGUCCUCGGGUGCCUGGAGAGAUCAGCUAACGGCUCCACACCGGGUGGAUCUGACCUGCUGAAACCGGAAAAGGACAUGUUCUUUUGGGAAUUGAAGCAGUUCUUGAUGAAGGAUACCACUGACAAGUGCCUCAACACAAGCUUGUCUGGGAGGGAGGCUUUCCUGUGUCCUGGCGUCUGGGAGGACCUUGGGGAGCUGAUGUGUCCCCAGGACCCCUCCAACAAGACCAGCAUCUUAAACAAGCUACUGAGGUCAGCAGAGGAUGCUGACCGCCUUUUGCAGGAGCUCAUCACUGGGCUCCCAGGAACACCGGUUUCGGAACCUGGAGGACUUGGGGGCUGGCAGGAAGUGGAGACACAGCUGGCGGACGUGGGCCUGUCCUGCACGCGGCUCUUUGAGUUGCUGGGAGCUGCCGGCUCCCCUGGAAACCGUGACCUUGCCGGUGACUGUAAGGACCAGCUUCUUGCCGCAGCGGCGUUUCAUACACUGGAGCAGGUGUGGGUGUCCCUGGAAGAAACACCGUACUGGAAGGACUUUGAGGGGUUUAUCAGGAGCACCUGUGAGCUGGCCCGCUACGGGAACACGCCAGAAGGUGUCCGCAGCGGUCUAUCUGCUUUCUCUGCGGAAUCUCCUUGUUACCAAGAAAACAUGGACUGGGAAAUCAUCACUGAUAAUUAUUUUGAAUUUUUGAGUAACUUACUCCAGUCUCCAGCUGUUGCUGUAGCCAGGGUCUUGAAUUCCUCAAAGGAACUUCUAAUGGCAAAGAGGUUGCAUUCCCUGGAGGACGAGCAAAUACGCUUCUUUUUAUCGCUUGUGGGAUUUCUGGAGAAAUUACUGCCUAAUCCUUUCGACUCGCCCAGUGUUCCCAAAUCCCGUGACCUCCCCUCACUCACUGAGACUCUUGUGAACACAAGCCAUUUGUGGUUAACUCUUUCAAGAAGUUUAGAGAAAGACCCAUCUGCUCUUGAUACUCAGAAACUUCUGGAACUUGGCAAAGCAGUGAUUGAAAAAGCACAAGCCCUUGAACAUCUCUGGACAGAGAAGGAAUCAAACGAUAUUUUGAGAUCUAUGGAACUAGUACUUUCUGCAAUGAGUCCCACACUCCUGGAGUUGUGGAUGGAUGGCACUUCCAAAGGGGAAAGAGACAAACUGGAGACCUUGACUACGCGUCUUAAUUUUUCUGUUCCAGAUGACUACAGAGUUCUUAGCAAGAGCUUUAACUUUUCCCAGUUGUUCCAUUCAGAUUGGCCUCCAUCACCAUCUGUGAAAAUGGACUUCGUACACUUAAGUGAAACUGUCAUAAGCAGUCUCUAUGAAUUCGGAUUUCUGGGGCAAGACCAAGUUUCAGAGGCUCUGGACAUUGUCUCUGCCUUACAGAAUGCAUCUGAGCAUUUCUCAGCCCUUCCGGAACCCGAAAAACGAGAAGUUGCAAAAAUCUUGACUCAGGUCUAUCUCCAUGUCUUCCAGGACAAAGAUUCAGCUUUGCUUCUGCGGAUUUAUUCUUCCUGGGUCCAGUCUAUGUUUCAGUUCUUGAGUAUUCAAGGCACAGACUCAUUGCUACCCUCCCUUACACAAAUCUCAAGACACUUUUUGGAUAUCAUAGAGCAAUUUCAUUUCCAGAACAUCAGUGAAGCACUUGCAUUUUUAUAUGAGACAACAGGGCUUCUGGAGGGGAUUUCUGAGGGAUCUUAUUGUCAGCAGUUGCUUUUGCUUUUUAACUACUUGGAGCUUCAGGCCCAAUCCCUGAGGUCUACACAGGGCCCUGAAUUGAAGGUGAUUCAUGCUACAUUGACAGGCCUGAAACAGCUGCUCAUGGUCGAUGAGGAUUUCCGUAUUUCUUUCUUUCAGUACAUGAGCCAGCUCUUCAAUGGGUCAGUAGAAGCCCUGUCAGGUAGAGAAUGCUUUGCUUUGGAGAAUAAAAAUGUUUCUUCCGUGAGUUAUUCAAUAGAUAGAGGGUCCUCACUUAUUCUUCCGUGGGCACAAAUUCUUUCAAACCUGUCUGCAAAUGGCAGUGUGUUCAAUGAGUUAAUGGCUGUCCACUGUACCAUCUCGUGGCUCCAAAUGUGGACUGAUAUCUGGGGAAGUAUAUCUCAAAUAUUCAAGCUUGGCACAGAUAUUUUCACUCCUCUUUACGAUGGUCUCACUCAGCUUCUAGAUGCAUUGGAAGGAAAUGUGGAAGUUUCUAAAAGUUGCCAGCAAAUGUUUUCUACCCAUGACCCCACGAGACUCCUGCUGAAUUUGUUUAAAAAUGUAAUUCAAGCUGAAGGCUUUCAUGAUUGGGGUGAGUUUUUGAGUCUCAGGGAUCUUUGGGUAGUAUUAGGUGAUGCCUUAGUUAGCAUGAACGCACUUAACCCCAACCAAGUAGAGAAAUCCCUUUUCACCAUGGAAACUGCCUUGUGUCAGCUAAAGACAUUUCCGUUAAGCACAAAUGCCAGCAGAGAGUUUUUAUAUUCUCUGCUUGAUGUUUUCACGGAGUUAAGCAACACCUCAGAAUACAUUGACAGAGAUGUACAAUUGAUAAAUCGCUUUCUUUCAAAUAACCACACAAAUCAAGGAGUGAAGUUUGAAAGUGUCAUCACUGAGCUAAGAGAAACAAUGUUAUUUCUUAGAGAUGUGUCACGUGACCAAGAUUUAUUGUCCUGUGCUGAUAUUUUCCAAAAUGUUACCGAGUUGAUUUUGGAAGAUGGCUUAUUACGUGUAAAUACUUCACAGAGGGCGUUACAUAUUCUGGCUGUGUUAAAUUCCACAUUUUUCUCCGAGGACACAAUCAGCAGACAGAAGGGGUGUGUCACAUGGGUAGACAUCACAAACCACCUGUACAUGAUGUAUAACCCAAGUGUUUCACAAGGCUAUCCUCAAGGUAUUUGGAAAGGUUUCAGAGUCAUGGAGAACAAAAUUAACUCUACAUUGAAUCUUGUUACUGGGAUGCUAAAUAUAAAGGACUCUCACUGUUCAUUCAACAAGUCAGAUAUAGAUUGUGUGAAUACCGUAUUGAAAAAUGUGAUCGACUUCCUAAAUGUGAUACUCACUGAAGUCUUUGAAGAGGAAAAGGUACCUAAAUUGGAGAUUUUUUUAACUCUUUUAAAUGACUCCACAAACCAAGUAAGGAUGAUUAUCAGCAACUUGACAAGAGACUUUGAUUUUGUAUCUCAAUCCAACUGGAAACAUUUUAUUGAAUUAGUCCUGAGACCCAUAGAAAUGUCAGAUGACCUACCUAGCCGAUUUAAAAAUCUUUGGUUGCAUUUAGUAGCUCUGGGGAAGGAAAUUCAGAAACUUAUGAAAGCUUUUUCCACUCAUAUUCUAGAAAGUGAAUCCUCUUUUACAUCUGAGAAGCUUUUAAAUAUAUUUGCUACCAGUCUCAAAGAAAAGGAUGUCAACAGCUUGGGCAAUUCAUUGUAUCAGUUAGCCAGUUACCUUGCCUUCAACUUCUCUCAUGAUCUCCAAAAUCCACCACAGAUAAUUCCACACAAAGUCCAGAAAGCUGUAGGUCUUGGUAUCCAACUGGUUAGGGAUGUGUUCAACUCCCUGACACCCUCAGUUCUUCACAACAUUCCACGAGACCCUGCUAAUAGUCAGGUUUUCAAGAAGGUGACUUCUCUCCUGCAUACCCUCAAGAAGCCAGACAUAGACCUACUGGUUGACCAACUUGUACAAAUGAGUGAAGCUCUAACAGAUUUCUUUAAGAAUGUCAGUACAUUGGGUCCUGGGCAUUUGGGGGUCAACUUGCUUGUUGACUUGCUGGAAAAAUUUGUGGACAGCUCACAUUCUUGGAAUGUCAAUCACCUGCUCAAGCUCUCACGCCUUUUCCCGAAGGAUGACGUUAACGCGGUGGUAGACGCAUACUACGUGCUUCCUCAUGCCGUGAAGCUCUUGCAGAGAGGAGUUGACAAAAACAUCACAGAAUUCCUCAAGGAUGUCUAUAACUUUGCUGUCCUUCAUGGCAUAAGCAUUUCAGACGUCACCAAGGAAGACUUUGCUAUUGUGAUAAAAACUCUUUUGGACACAGUUGAAUUAAUAUCAGACAAACCAGCAGUUCUUUCUGAGGCUUUAACUUGCCUUCCUGUGGUUUGGUGCUGGAAUCACACAAUUUCUGGAUUGAGCCAGGAUCCCAAGGUAGAAGCCUGUAAAUCCUACGAGCUCACAUCUUCCUUUUAUAGCAAAGUGGCCAGUGUACUUGACCUCCUCCACCUCUCUCGCCCGGGUGAAGGUUUACAAUGUUCGGAUGAAGGUUCACGGAAGGAGAUUACUAGGAAGAUGGUCUGUGUCACUCGUGAACUAGUGGACUGGACUUCUAUUUUUCUAGAGCUGUCUGAAGCUUUCCAUGUUCAAACUUCACUUGUUGAAACUGUACAAGGAUUUUGGCGUAAAGUGUUACCGUUUGUCCUGUCUUCUGGAAAUCAGAGCAAUGACAGCUUCUCUGAACUUUGUCCCAAUGGCCCCAUAAAGCAAAUUGCUUCGCAGAUCAUAGCCACACUGAAAAGUGUUAACUUUACAAAAAUUACAUCAUAUGAAAGCAUUCUUGAUACACUAGCCAAUUUAAGCAGGAUCCUCAACAUUAAUGAAGGCACAGAGGUAUCUGUUCAAAAUAAGAUUUCCUUAAAUUUGGAAAAGAUCGUGAAAUUGCCUUCCAGGGAUCAGCACCUAGAAAAUGGCGCCCAUUCCCUAGAGUCUCCAUUUGUGAUGUUUCUGGAUGCUGAUGUGACGGACAGUGGUUUAGAAGCACCAUCAAGUUUUACUAAAACCAGUGAAGUGAUUCACAACUCUUCUUACUUUGAGGAACUACGACUUGAACUUGAACAAAUCAUGACAGAGCUAAGCCAUGACUUUCCUAUCAGAAGCUUGCUUUCUGAAAUUAACAAAGAAAUUCAAGUGAUCGAUUCAGAGACUCUUCAAAACAUAACUUUGCAACUUACCCAUGUUUUUGAAAGCCUGGGCUCCUUGUCACUGAAGACAUCAGAAAUCAUUGAAGAUUUUCUAUUGGGCAUGAAAAACUGGCUUCAUAAACGUGCAAACAAAGAUGUCUCCAGAAUGAUUCAGACGUUCUCUCUUCUGAUAGCCAAUGAGAGUUCAACUGAUGAUACAGCUUUGUGGACCAAAGAUCUUGCUACCUUUUUGGGUUUUCUUAAAGCCAUUUCUAGGGAAGGUGACUUUGGUGUUGCCCAUUUAACUCAACUGCUAAGCCAAGAGCAGCUAACUAAUUUGUCACUUGUUCAAUUCCUUUUUGAAAGUGUCCUAAUUAAUUCAAUCAGUAAGUUAGCUGGGAGUUCUCCAGAGGCAGCCUCAGACUUGAGUGAUACUAACUCUCAGAUAACGAAUUUCCUUAACCUUACCUUGAACCAGACUCUGUUAGGAAAUAGUGCGGGAAUAAUCUUCCCUCCAAGAAGUGCAGUGGAUUUCAUGGAACAGCUUUUGCAAACGUUCUCACUUUUACUGGAGGAAAAUUCUGAGAACAGACUAUCUGCUCUGCUGAAGGCCUUCCACAAAGACAUCGCUGCAGAGAUGAGUUUUGUCCCAAAGGAUAACAUUCUAGAAAUUCUGACACUGGAUCAAUUUCUUACCAUCUUGAAAGAAGACCGACUGAUGAGCUUUUUUUCAAGUUUAAAGGACGCUAUAAAUCAUCUCAUCAAAAGGCCAUUUAUUUUAGACGAUGGACAAUUUUAUUUUGCUAUUCAUCGAGGACUGAAGUUCAUGAGAGAUUUAUUUAAUGCUCUUCCAAGGGAAACCUCAGGGGCAAACAAGACGGAAGAUAAUUUGGAAUUUCUUGGGGUUGUGAGUCAGUUGGUCCGCCAUGUGAACAGUUCUGAAGAUCUCUUCCAACUCAAUCAUGAUCUGAGGUCAGCCCUUCAGCUUGUGAGAGAAACUUCCACAGAACUAGCACGGCUCAUGGACACACUCAUCAACUCUCCUCACAGGGACUUCCAUAACGUGUAUCCCACACUCCGAGAAGUCAUACUUGCUAAUCUAACUAGUUUGCUUUCCUUUGUCAAUAAUUCAUUCCCGCUAAGGAACAGGGCAACAUUAGAAAUGACCAAGAGACUCCUUGGUGUUAUCUCAGGAGCUGGUGGAGAAAGUGGUGCCCCGGAGCCCCUGUGGGAGAUGUCCGACACCUUGACCUUACUGGUGAGGGACACUGCUGAAAUGAGACAUCUUGCCUCCUCAGUGAAUUCUGCUGUGGAACUCAUCAGGCUAGCCCAGAAGGUUUCCAGGAAGAUGGCCACUGUUUUUGAAACUCAUUUCAUCUCCAGCACCAAUGAAACCAUGAAAUUCUUUGACAGUCUCUAUUCCAUUUUGCAACAAAACAUUCAACAUCUUGUGAAUGAAAUAACUACUUUGAAAAAUGUAGACCACCUCAUAUCUGAAAAUAUAAACAACUUGUUGACGCCAUUUCUUGACUUGGUUUUUGGGAUGAUGGGGGUCACACCUUAUAUUUCACAAGACCCUGAUAUUGUCAAUACAUCAUCUAGCACAUUCUCUUAUGUGAACCAAUCCGAGGACUUAUCUGAUAUUUUGGAAGAAAUUGCUGAAUUUUUAACUUCUGUGAAAAUCAAUUUGGGAGCUAUGGAGCAUCUAAUGGUAGCUUUCAAUAAUGGGACUCACCUAUCUGGUAUAGAUUCUGUCAACCUAUGGGAAGAAAUUUUGGAUUGUUUGGUUCCUAUAACUAGUAUCAUCCACCAGAUAGACUUCUUCCGUCCCGAUCCACUUCUCACUCCUUGUUGCCCUCAAGAUACUAAGUGGGAAAGAACCCAGGAAGUGAUCCUGUUUUUGGAUGAACUGCUAUCACAAGACCGCACGGAAAUAGGGACGUACUUGAGAAUGGCGAUUGACCUCACCUUGGAAGCUCUUUGGAAUAACUUCCAGAAGGAUAACAGGACUGUCUUUAAUCUGUUGCUGACAUUGGCUCAGGAUCCAGAUAACCUUUUGCAAGCCAUAGAAAGAGCUGCAGAGGUCUCCAGUGGAACAGGUGAUCUGAGUGAAGCUUUGUUUGUCAACGUGUCUCUCAUCCGGAAUGUAACUCAUUCACAGCUUGAAGAAGCAGUCCAGAUCAUGUUAAGGAGGAUAGCUCUCUUGUGGAAAGCACUUCACAUGAAUAACUCUCAGUGGGUAAACUCCACGAGAGCUUUGUUCCAGCCCAUUUUUGAGAGUUUUAUUAAUGCAGCCACUGGAAAGAAUAUCCCAUCGGGGAAAGAAGAGAGGAUCGAACCACUAUCGAGCUUUGAGAAAUACCUGAAGGGAUUCAUUGCAUUGACGGAGUACUGGCAGGAUGUCCCACUGAUGGAUCAAAGCGUUGUGGAGAUGUGUCAGCUGUUCCAGCAGCCUCGGAAAGCCCCGGAAGCCGUCGCGACUCUGCAGAAGAUGACAAUGCUGGCUCUGCGCCUGUCCGUCAUCCUUGCAGAAAACCCUUCCCUGACGAGGGACAUCAUGUGUGCGGCUCUGAGCUGCCCGCGAGGUGGGGCGGGGCGCCUCAUUUCACCUGCUCUACAGGGGGCCACCUUGCUGCACGACCACUACCAGGAAAUAGAAGAGGCGUGGUCCUCACCCCUCCAGCGAGACUGUGAAAGUCUUAGCAGGAAUCUUUUCAGCACCUUGGGGAGCUUCAGGAGCAGCCUGGAACAUGCCACGGACCAGGACUGUGAAUGCCAGCCAGAGCUUGGCGUGACUCGUCACCGUGUGCACAAGCUGGCCCAAAGCCUCGAGAAGACUUGGUUGUCGGAGAAUCCUGUGAUGACCUUCCUCAGGAAUUUCACAGUGACCGAAGACGUAAAAGUCAAAGACUUGAUGCGGAACGUCUCCAAGCUCACCAGCGAGCUUCUAUCUUCCAUCCACAUCUCAAACGAGACCAUCCACAGCAUUCUAGAAGCCAGCAUUUCCCAUUCCCAGGUUCUCUGGAGCGUCCUUGCUGUGGCUUUGUCCGGAAGGUGCGACAUGGACGCCCUUGGCCUGCUGUUGGUAUUUCCUGAGGACGGGAAGUCGGGGUCUGCGGUGCAGGAAGUGUGUGCCCUGCCUGGGCCCAAAGUAUAUUCCCUGAUUGUGUCCAUGAGUCAGAACCUGAAUCUGCGGAGUUUCAUUUACAAAACUCUAAUGCCUUUGGAAGCCAGCCGCCUGCUCCGCUCCCUGUUGGACGUGGUCUCCAGGCUCAGUCACGUGCUUGCCGGAGCCGGCCACGUCCUGGAGUACCUUCCCGAAUUUCUUCGUGCCAAUAAAAUCACCGCCUUGCUAGACACGCCCGACUCUCAACAGGAUGCACAGAAUGGCCAGGCCAGAAGUUCAGCCUUCGGUUCCUUCCAGUCGGUGAUGAAGAAACUUUGCAAGGAGCCAGCGUCACUCUUCAGCGGCUCCAACUCGUUCAUUAACUUGCCCAGAGUUAACGAGCUCCUGGGAGGGGACAAAGAACGAUUCAACAUUCCCGAAGAUUCAACACCAUUUUGCUUGAACCUCUAUCAGGAAAUUCUACAGUCCCCAAAUGGCGCUUUGGUGUGGUCCUUCCUAAAGCCUGUAUUACAUGGAAAAAUACUGUACACACCAAAUACUCCAGAGAUUAACGAGAUCAUUCAAAAGGCAAAUUACACUUUUCAUUUCGUGGACAAGCUGAAGACUUUAACAGAAACACUGCUGAAAAUGUCCAGCGUGCUUCAGCGCGGAGGAAGUGGCCAGAUGGUCAGCCAGCUGAAGGAAGCCCUGAGAAACAAAUUCAUAAGAAACUUUGUAGAAAGCCAGCUGCACAUUGAUGUAGACACGCUGGUGGAGAAGCUGCAGAUGUACGGAGAGAAGCUGGACGAGCUGUUUGCGCACGGGGGUGCCGGGCGCCUCCGCGUCCUGGGCCGCGUCUUGGUCAACCUGUCGUCCUGUGUGGCGUUGAACCGCUUCCAGGCCCUGGGGUCUGUCGCCAGCCUGGAGGCCAGAGCCCGUGAGCUCAUGCAGCGCAAUGACUUCUUGGCCAGUAUCAUAUUCAACAGUUCACUGGCCCACAGGGACUUGGGGACGCCGUCCCCGCACCUGCCGCCCCACGUCACCUACACCAUCCGCACCAGCGUCUUGCACAGCAUGAGGACGGAUUUGGUGAAAAACCCUUUCUGGAAGUUCCAUCCUCAGAGCCUCCCGGCUGAUGUGUUCAAGUACAACUACAUCUUUGCCCCUUUGCAAGACAUGAUCGAACGAGCCAUCAUCUCGGUGCAGACCGGGCGGGAGGCUGUGGAGCCGGCCACGCAGACGCAGGCCAUCCCGUACCCCUGUCACACCAGGGACCUAUUCUUGAACAAUGUCGGUUUCUUUUUCCCUCUGAUCAUGAUGCUGACGUGGAUGGUGUCUGUGGCCAGCAUGGUCCGGAAGCUGGUGUACGAGCGAGAGAUCCAGAUAGAGGAGUACAUGCGGAUGAUGGGGGUGCACCCAACCGUCUUUUUCCUGGCCUGGUUCCUGGAGAACAUGGCCAUGCUAGCCGUCAGCAGCGCCGCCCUGGCCGUCAUUCUGAAAGCGAGCGGCAUUUUCACGCACAGUGAUGCAUGCAUCAUCUUCCUCUUCCUCCUGGAUUUUGGGGUGUCGGUAGUCAUGCUGAGUUACUUCUUGAGUGCGUUUUUCAGCCAGGCCAACACAGCUGCACUUUGUACCAGCCUCGUGUACUUGAUCAGCUUCCUGCCCUACAUCGUUCUGCUGGUUCUUCAUAACCAAUUGAGUAUUGUCAUUCAGACGUUUCUGUGCCUGCUCUCCACCACCGCCUUCGGCCAAGGAGUAUUUUUCGUUACCUUCCUAGAAGGGCAAGAAGCAGGGGUUCAGUGGAAUAACAUGUACCAGCCUCUGGAACAGACGGGCGCGACAUUUGGCUGGGUUUGCUGGAUGAUUCUCUUCGAUUCAGGCCUUUAUUUUGUAUGUGGAUGGUACUUGAACAACUUGAUUCCUGGAACUUUCGGAUUGAGGAAACCGUGGUAUUUUCCCUUCACUGCGUCGUAUUGGAGGAACUUGUGCGGUUUCGUGGCAAAAAGACCACGUGCUCCUGUUUCUAAUGGGUCCUUCUCCAGUGACAACUUGGACAAUAAAGGGUCCUCGCUACAGAACGGGGAGGGGAGGCCAGCAAGGGGCCCCCCGGGCGUCGCCCUGGUGUCUGUGACCAAGGAAUACGAGCGCCACAAGGCGGCCGUCCGCGACCUGACCCUCACCUUCCACAGAGGCCAGAUCACUGCUCUGCUGGGGACCAACGGUGCCGGGAAGACCACGGUCAUAUCCAUGCUGACGGGGCUCCACCCGCCCACUUCCGGCACCAUCACCAUCAACGGCAAGAGCCUGCAGACAGACCUGUCUGCCAUCCGGAGGGAGCUCGGGGUGUGUCCGCAGCGAGACGUGCUGUUUGACAACCUCACUGUCCUGGAGCACCUGGUCCUCUUCGCUUCCAUUAAGGCGCCACACUGGUCCCGGAAGGAGCUGCACCAGCAAGUCGAUAGAACCCUGCGGGACGUGGGCUUGACGCGGCAUCGGCACAAGCACACCCGCCUGCUCUCCGGAGGCAUGAAGAGGAAGCUGUCCAUCGGCAUCGCCUUCAUCGGCGCGACGGGGACCGUGGUGCUGGACGAACCGACCAGCGGGGUGGACCCCUGCUCCCGCCGCGGCAUCUGGGACAUUCUCCUCAAGUACCGAGAAGGUCGGACGGUCAUCUUCACGACCCACCACCUGGACGAGGCGGAGGCACUCAGCGACCGCGUGGCCCUCCUCCAGCACGGCCGGCUCCGCUGCUGCGGGCCCCCCUUCUGCCUGACCGAGGCCUACGGCCAGGGGCUCAGCCUGACGCUCACCAAGCAGCCUUCUGCUCUGGAGGCCGAUGACCUGAAGCACGUCGCUCGUGCCACAUCUCUGAUCCAGACCUACGUCCCACAAGCCUUCCUCAAAGACAGCAGCGGGGCCGAGCUGGUCUACGGCAUUCCCAGGGAGGCGGAUAGAGCCUGCUUCAAAGGGCUGUUCCAGGCGCUGGAGCAGAACCUUCCCGAGCUGCACCUGACGGGCUUCGGGAUCUCAGACGCCACAUUGGAAGAGGUGUUCCUGACACUUUUGCAAGGUUCCACGAAGCAAUCAGACGUUGCUCCGGAAGCGGGUUUGGAGUGGCAGGACCACAGGCCUCCAGAGAAUUGUAAUGGGGUUUGUGGCGCCCCGGCCGGGACCCCGCGCACUCAGGGCAGCCCUCGGCCUCUGGCUCAAGCAGGGGCCCUCCUCGUGAAGCGCCUCCGCCGCUCGCGCCGGGCCUGGAAGGGCACCCUCUCUGACCUGCUGCUGCCUGUCCUUUUCGUGGCCUUGGCCAUGGGCUUGUUCAUGGUGAGGCCUCUGGCCAUUGACUACCCGCCCCUCAAACUAACACCCGGCAAUUAUGACACGGCGGAAUCUUACUUUUUCAGCAGUGGGACCGAAGACCAGGAGCUCGUCCACGUGCUUUUGAGGGCGUUUGGGGAUCAGGAUCGGCCCUGUGACGGUUUAAACCCUGAUCAGAAGAACUCCUCGUGCUGGCGAGUGGAUCCCCCGUCACACCCGCGAGCCCAGGGUCCCUGCGCCUGCCAGAUGUGUGCAAACAGAAGUGCCGGAGCUCCCUACCUGACCAACCACCUGGGCCACACUCUGCUGAACCUGUCCGCCUUCCACCUGGAGGAAUAUUUGCUGGUGCCGGCUGCGCAUCCGAGGAUGGGAGGCUGGUCUUUCGGAGUGCAGAUCCCUGAUCAAGUUCAAGAUGCAGAUGCAAACACAUCAAGCCCAAACACUCUGGCAAAGGUGUGGUACAAUCAGAAGGGUUUCCAUUCCCUUCCGUCCUACUUAAAUCAUCUGAACAACAUUCUGUUGUGGAGGCACUUACCCCCGGCUGUGGACUGGAGAAAAUACGGAAUAACGCUCUACAGCCACCCGUAUGGAGGGGCUUUGCUGAACGAGGACAAGAUCAUGGAGAGCAUCCGUCAGUGUGGCGUCGCCCUCUGCAUCGUGCUUGGCUUCUCCAUCCUGUCGGCAUCCAUCGGGAGCUCCGUGGUGAGGGACCGGGUGACCGGAGCCAAGAGGCUGCAGCACCUAAGUGGGCUCGGCUACAAGACGUACUGGCUCACUAACUUCAUGUAUGACAUGGUCUUUUACUUGGUUUCCGUGUGCCUGUGUGUCACUGUCAUCGUCGCCUUCCAGUUGACGGCGUUCACGUUCCGCGAAAACCUGGCGGCCACGGCCCUCCUGCUGGCGCUUUUCGGAUACGCGACUCUCCCGUGGAUGUAUCUGAUGUCCAGAAUCUUCUCCAGCUCCGACGUAGCGUUCAUCUCCUACGUGUCCCUGAACUUCAUCUUUGGGCUCUGCACCUUGCUGAUGACCGUCAUGCCCCGGCUGCUGGCCAUCAUCUCCAAAGCUCAGAGUUUGCAGAACAUCUACGAUGUCCUCAAGUGGGUUUUCACCAUAUUUCCCCAGUUCUGCCUGGGUCAGGGGCUGAUCGAACUCUGUUACAACCAGAUCAAGUACGACCUGACCCACAGCUUUGGCGUUGAUUCCUACGUCAGCCCCUUUGAGAUGAACUUCCUGGGCUGGACCUUUGUACAGUUGGCCUCACAAGGCACAGUGCUUCUCGUCCUGAGGAUUUUGCUGCACUGGGACCUUCUCCAUCAGCUGCGAGGACACUCUGCCAUCCAAGGCACAGUCACGGCUUCCAAGGAUACGGACGUGGAACAAGAGGAGAUACGAGUGUUGAAAGGACGGACGAGUGAAGACCUUCUCGUGUUAUGCAACCUUAGUAAAAGCUAUGGGAGCUGCUUCAGGAAGACCGUCGCUGUUCAAGAUCUCAGCGUGGGCAUACGAAGAGGAGAGUGCUUUGGGCUCCUGGGAGCAAAUGGUGCUGGGAAGAGCACCACAUUCAAGAUGCUGAACGGGGACAUCCCUCCAACCUCAGGACACGCGGCCGCAAGGACUCCCACAGGAGACACUGUGGAUCUGUCUUUGGCGGGGGCGGCAGGAGUUCGCAUCGGCUACUGUCCGCAGCAGGAUGCCCUGGAUGAGCUCCUGACCGGCUGGGAACACCUCUGUUACUACUGCACCCUCCGUGGGAUUCCCGAGUCCUGCAUCCCUCAGGUUGCCGGGGACCUCGUGAGGCGGUUACAUCUGGAAACCCACGUGGACAAACUGGUGGGCUCCUACAGUGGGGGGACCAAGCGGAAGCUGUCUACGGCCUUGGCCUCGCUGGGCAGACCUGACCUGCUCUUACUGGACGAGCCCAGCUCCGGGAUGGAUCCCUGCUCUAAGCGGUUCCUGUGGGAUGCGGUAAAGCAGGAGGCCCGGCGAGGCUGUGCGGUGGUGCUGACCUCACACAGCAUGGAGGAAUGCCAGGCUCUCUGCACAAGACUGGCCAUCAUGGUCAACGGCAGCUUCCGGUGCCUCGGUUCCCCUCAGCACAUCAGGAGCAGGUUUGGUGAUGGCUAUACAGUCAAGAUCUGGCUCUGUAAGGAAACCAGUCUACACAGCGCGGUUUCUGACUGCUUAAAGCUCCACUUUCCAGAGAUCCAGUUUAAGGGGCAGCGCCUUAACCUGCUGGAAUACCAUGUCCCGAAGCAGUGGGAGUGCUUGGCCGAUCUGUUCAAGGUUCUGGAAGGCAACAAGGCCUUGCUGAAUAUCCAACAUUACUCCAUCAACCAGACCACUUUGGAGCAGGUAUUUAUUAAUUUUGCAACCGAGCAACAGGAAUCCAUGUCACGAUCCACGCCGGCUCCGCCCACCGGCUCUUACCAGCCUGAUCACCUGCCUGUCUAAGCUCCAGAGGAGAAGUUUCGAAGAGGAAUAAUGGCUUGUCCUUUGUUAACAAUUCAGCCUGGAGGACCACAGCGCCUGGGCUCCCCAGCGGAGCUGGGCGGCCGGCUCCUGGUGGUCAAAUCCAUCCUCUCCUUCAUUUCCUCUUUGCAACUGUCUGUUAAUGAAUAACCAGCACCCUGAAAGAUUGGUUUUAGACUUUUAGGCAGUUCUCCUGCGUGGUUGGUCAAGCCAGGGAGGGGCCGGCUUCUUCUUGACGGGGCCAUGAGGGAACCUAGGGUCCAAACGGAGACAUCUUAGAGCGGGGAAGGCUCUGCCAGGGACUGUCCGUUCCAUACAUUUCACCGUACCUUUAAGGAAACUGAAGCAGCCAAGGCUAGGAACUUUCCUAACUGAUUUGUUUAGGAAAUAACAGCUCAGGCUGUUUUCCAUUGUUGCCCUCUUUGACUACAUAUGCUUGCACGUGUCUAAAUAAAAAGUCGAGGAUUUAAAUGCAAUUUUUUUUUUUAUAAUACUAGAUGUCAUAUGGUAGGACAUGUAAAAAUUGCCAUU